CACACACACGCCCGCACCCUCGCGUCCAGACCGACCCCAGGAAAAAUGCGCUGUGCGUCGACAGCCGGCGCAGCCCUGGUGCUGUGCGCUGCCACCGCCGGGCUACUGAGCGCCCAGGACGGCCCCGCACAACCCGAAUCUCCACGCUUCGCUUCCUGGGACGAGAUGAACUUGCUGGCGCACGGGCUGCUGCAGCUGGGCCACGGACUGCGCGAACACGUGGAGCGCACCCGUGGGCAGCUGGGCGAGCUGGAGAGGCGCCUGGGUGCCUGUGGAGCCACCUGCCAGGGGUCCGGAGCGUCCACCGCGCCCCCGCAAGUCUCUGACAACCCGAUGCCCAGCGACGAACCAGCACCCGAGACCCUGCGCAGCCUGCAGAUGCAAAUAAAAGCUCAGAACAGCAAGAUCGAACGGUUGUUCCAUAAGGUGGCCCAGCAACAGCGACACUUGGAGAAGCAGCACCUGAAGAUUCAAAAUCUACAGAACCAGGUUAGUCUCCUGGCACCUGUGCACGUACACAAGGGACUGGCCAAGUCUGCCAGAAAGAAGAGGCUGCCCAAAAUGGUCCAGGCUGUUGCUGCUGACCCGGUUUGGAACGCCAGCCGCCAGCACGGGCUGCCCCGAGACUGCCAGGAACUGUUUGAGCAAGGAGAGCGGCAGAGCGGGCUCUUUCAGAUCCAGCCACAGGGGUCCGCCCCGUUCCUGGUCAACUGUGAGAUGAACUCAGACGGAGGCUGGACUAUGAUUCAAAGACGGCAGGAUGGUUCUGUGGACUUCAACCAGCCCUGGGAAGCUUACAAGGCCGGCUUUGGCGACCCCCAAGGCGAAUUCUGGCUGGGGCUGGAGAAGGUACAUAGCAUCCUGGGGGACCGGGGCAGUCGCCUGGCUGUGCAACUGCAGGACUGGGAGGGCAACGCAGAGUCGCUAGAGUUCCCUGUCCAGCUGGGCGGCGAGGACACGGCCUACAGCCUGCGGCUCAUGGCGCCCGUGGCCGGUGAGCUGGGUAUUGCCACCGCCAGCAUGCCUGAUGGCUUCUCCCUGCCCUUCUCCACGUGGGACCAGGACCACGACCUCCGUGGAGACCUGAACUGUGCCAAGAGCCUUUCUGGUGGCUGGUGGUUCGGAACCUGCGGUCACUCCAACCUCAACGGCCAGUACUUCCCUUCCAUUCCCCGGCAGCGGCAGCAACGUAAAAAGGGAAUCUUCUGGAAGACGUGGCGGGGCCGCUACUAUCCGCUGCAGGCUACCACUAUGCUGAUCCGACCCAUGGGGGCUGCCGCAGCCUCCUAGCCUCACCGCUGGGGCCUGGUCCCAGGCUCCUCACGGGGGACAUUGAUUUUGGCUGUGGCCCAGCAGGUGGCUGGC